AAUUGUCCCUCAUAUCACGCCCCAGAGGGAUUAGUGCAUUGCCAUGGGUCUAGAGAGGCCACGUCAGCUCGAGGACCAGCCGAAACUCAUCCACCGCGUCUUGCUACUGGCCAUCAGUCCAAUCAUGACCUCCUGCAAUCAGCCCGCAGACGCAAAUGUCAACUUCCUGAAUUGUGAUGCUAAGAAAGGGAGGCCUCCUAAUUUCCACAAACAUACGAUCGUCGCCUACGGCAUUUUUGUAAUUAGCCAAGACAGGGAGGCGAUGCCAACAGUGGUGGGGACACAAAUGCGUCGUUGUAGAGGCUAGAUAGGUUUGCGAGAAUUGCAUAUGGCUGUCUCCAUUGAAGAGACCAGAGGAUAGAAUCGAGAUGAAGUUCGAAGUUGGAGUUUAGAGGGAAAGCGAGAGGGCUAAGGAGUUUCAAGAGA